AAAGAUAAAAAACAACUAAUAGUAACCAAACCAAAUCAAGAAAACGAAAAAAAGAAAAAAAACCUCCCGUUUUCAGAAACGAAGCGACGCCGUUUUUCAUUUCCUUCCUCUUUUUACCUCCCUUCUCCGCCGCCGGCUGUUCUCCUGCUUCUCCCGCUUACGUCACUUUCCGGCGUGCGAAAGGUUGUAAAACCUUGGCAGCUUUCCUUCGUCAAUUCUCGGCUUCAAUUCGUCGAAAGUUCGUCGGAGGUGGGCGGGUUUUAAUGAAAUGGGUUCAUUUUCUCCUUUUUGAUUGUGUAUUUUGGAGGGAUUUUGGAGGAACUAACAAAGGAUAUAGCAUUGAUUGAUUGGAUAUAUCGUAGGUGCAUUAAUUGGCGAGUGGUGGGAAGUGAGUAUAUAGGAAUUAAAUGCGAGAGAGCAAUAAUGGCUUUCUAUAGGAAUUAUACGAAUGAAACCAUAGAACAGAGAAGGGUAUUGGAUGAGAAAGACCAGGAACAGGGUAUGGAUAGAGUAAUAGGAAACAAUGAUGAAGUGGAAGCCACUUCGAGUGAUAAUGAGGUGGCUGUGGAAGAUAAUAGUAGACUAGCAGGCACGCAACCGCCUGCAAGGAGGACAGUUGUGGCUGGAAAAUGGGGUUCAAGUUUUUGGAAGGAUUGUCAGCCCAUGGAGUCCCGCGGUGUGUUGGAGUCGGGAGAAGAGUCAAAGAGUGGUUCGGAGUACAAAAAUGAAGAAGGAUCUGAAGAUGAAUCAUCUGAUGGAGAGGAAGAUAAGGCCAAUGAGUUGGAAGAUGGUGAUAAUGGGAAAGAAGUGGGUAAGGGUCAGAGUGUCCCUCCGGAUGAGAUGUUGUCUGAUGAGUACUAUGAGCAGGAUGGUGAUGAUCAGAGUGACUCAUUCCAUCACAGAGCAUUGAAUCGCUCCAGUGGCUUUAGUUCGAAGCCACCACCCAGACCUGUUGCUGCUAACAAGUAUGCAUCUACAAAGUCAAAGUCUUCAAAGGCUGAUUAUGAUGAUGAUGCUGCUGAUUAUGAGGAGGACGAUGAGGAUGAAGGGGAUGAAGAUGAUCCGGAUGAUGCUGAUUUUGAUCCAGAUUUUGGUGCCACAAGAGGACGAAGGGGAGGCAAGGAAAAAGAUGAAGACUGGGGUGCUGAAGAGUCUGAUGAAUCUGAUAACAAUGAGGAUGAGGAUGAUCUGAAUAUUUCAGAUGAAGAAGAUGUGUAUUAUAGCAAGCCGAAGGCCAGGCAAAAAAGCAAGGGUGGACGAAGUGUGAAGUCUACCAGACAAGUUAAACCGGUCAUGUCAUCUAGUCGGCAAAAAAGAGGUAGAAUUUCAAUUGAUGAAGAAUCGUUAUCGGAAAAGGACUCAGAGAAUGAUAGCGAAGAGGAUUUCCGAAGCAUGACUAGGAGAGGCACACAGAUCCGGAGGAAGAAUGACGGUCGAUCAGCAUCAGUUAGCAGUUCUAAUAGGAUCAACGAACUUCGAAGUUCAAGUCGCUCAGUGCGUAAAGUAUCAUAUGCUGAAAGUGAAGAAAGUGAAGAAAUUGAUGAAGGCAAGAAAAAGAAAGGCCAGAAGGAGGAAUUUGAAGAUGAAGAUGGUGACAUAAUUGAAAAGGUAUUGUGGCAUCAGCCAAAGGGCAUGGCGGAGGAAGCUUUAAGGAACAACAAAUCAACAGAACCUGUUCUGUUAAGUCACUUGUUUGACUCAGAACCAGAUUGGAAUCAGAUGGAGUUUCUGAUAAAAUGGAAAGGCCAGUCACACUUGCACUGUCAAUGGAAAUCAUUCUCUGAUUUGCAAAAUCUCAGUGGUUUUAAAAAGGUUGUGAACUAUACCAAAAAAGUUACUGAAGAUGUGAGGUACCGGAAGAAAGUAUCUCGUGAAGAGAUUGAGGUGAAUGAUGUGAGCAAGGAAAUGGACUUGGACAUUAUCAAGCAAAAUAGUCAGGUGGAGAGAAUCAUUGCUGAAAGAAUCACCAAAGAUAUCUCCGGUGAUGUGGUGCCAGAAUAUUUAGUUAAAUGGCAAGGACUGUCGUAUGCUGAAGCAACUUGGGAGAAGGAUGUUGAUAUUUCAUUUGCUCAAGAUGCUAUCGAUGAAUACAAGACCCGUGAGGCUGCUAUAAUGAUCCAAGGAGCAACAGUGGAUUUACAGCGCAGAAAGAGCAAAGGAAGUUUGCGAAAGCUUGAUGAACAGCCUGAGUGGUUGAAAGGAGGAAAACUUCGAGAUUAUCAGCUUGAAGGUCUGAAUUUUCUUGUUAACAGCUGGAGAAAUGAUACAAAUGUUAUAUUAGCGGAUGAAAUGGGUCUUGGUAAAACUGUCCAGUCGGUGUCCAUGCUUGGAUUUCUGCAGAAUGCGCAGCAAAUUCAGGGACCAUUUCUUGUUGUUGUUCCAUUAUCAACUUUGUCUAAUUGGGCAAAAGAAUUUAGAAAGUGGCUUCCUGACAUGAAUGUUAUUGUGUACGUUGGAACCCGUGCAAGCCGUGAGGUUUGUCAGCAAUAUGAAUUUUACAAUGAAAAGAAAACUGGCAGGAAUAUAAAUUUUGAUACACUUUUGACUACCUAUGAGGUGUUACUGAAGGACAAAGCUGUCCUCUCAAAAAUUAAGUGGAAUUAUCUCAUGGUUGAUGAAGCACAUAGGCUGAAGAACAGUGAAGCUUCUCUGUAUACAACACUCUUGGAAUUUAGCACGAAGAAUAAGUUGCUUAUUACUGGUACUCCAUUGCAGAACAGUGUGGAAGAGCUAUGGGCUUUGCUUCAUUUUCUUGAUGCCAACAAGUUCUCUAGUAAGGAUGAGUUUGUUCAAAACUACAAAAAUCUUAGUUCAUUUAAUGAAAUUGAGCUUGCAAAUCUUCAUAUGGAAUUGAGACCUCACAUUCUUCGAAGAGUUAUCAAGGAUGUUGAGAAGUCCUUACCUCCUAAGAUUGAGCGCAUACUAAGGGUUGAGAUGUCUCCACUCCAGAAACAGUACUAUAAGUGGAUCUUGGAGCGCAACUUCCAUGAUUUGAAUAAAGGUGUCCGCGGAAAUCAGGUUUCACUUUUAAAUAUAGUGGUGGAGUUGAAGAAAUGCUGCAAUCAUCCAUUUUUGUUUGAAAGUGCAGACCAUGGCUAUGGUGGGGACACAAACUUUUUUAGUAGCGCUAAGCUGGAGAGAAUAACGCUAAGCAGUGGGAAGCUAGUUAUACUUGAUAAAUUGCUGAAUAGACUGCAUGAGACCAAACAUCGUGUCUUAAUUUUUUCUCAGAUGGUUAGGAUGCUGGAUAUACUGGCAGAAUAUUUGUCAUUUAAAGGGUUCCAGUUUCAAAGGCUUGAUGGUAGUACAAAGGCUGAGUUGCGGCAGCAGGCUAUGGACCAUUUUAAUGCCCCUGGAAGUGAUGAUUUCUGUUUUCUUCUUUCUACACGUGCUGGUGGCCUGGGUAUUAAUCUUGCAACAGCUGAUACAGUUAUCAUAUUUGAUUCAGAUUGGAAUCCUCAGAAUGACUUGCAGGCAAUGAGUAGAGCUCAUAGGAUUGGGCAGCAAGAAGUUGUUAACAUUUACCGGUUUGUGACAAGUAAGAGUGUGGAGGAAGAUAUCUUGGAGAGGGCUAAGAAGAAGAUGGUCCUUGAUCAUUUGGUGAUUCAGAAACUAAAUGCUGAGGGUCGAUUGGAGAAGAAAGAAGCAAAGAAAGGGAGUGCUUUUGACAAAAAUGAGCUUUCGGCGAUCUUGAGGUUUGGAGCAGAGGAAUUAUUUAAAGAAGACAGAAAUGACGAAGAAAGCAAAAAGAGGCUCCUAAAUAUGAGUAUUGAUGAAAUUCUUGAACGAGCAGAAAAGGUUGAAGAGACGGGAGCUGGUGAGGAGGAAGGACACGAACUUCUCAGUGCUUUUAAGGUUGCAAAUUUCUGCAGUGCUGAAGAUGAUGGGAGUUUUUGGAGCCGCAUGAUAAAGCCGGAAGCAAUUGCUCAAGCUGAAGAAGCUCUAGCUCCUCGUGCUGCUCGGAAUAUUAAGAGCUAUGCAGAGGCAAAUCCUCCUGAAAGUACCAACAAAAGGAAGAAAAGGGGAAUGGAAUCCCAGGAAAGGCUAUCAAAGCGUCGCAAGGCAGAUACUGGCUACUCACCACCUGUCAUUGAGGGUGCUACUGCUCAAGUAAGAGGCUGGUCCUAUGGGAACCUGUCCAAGAGAGAUGCUACGCGAUUUUUCCGUGCAGUUAAAAAGUUUGGGAAUGACAGCCAGAUCAGCCUAAUAGUGGGAGAGGUUGGCGGAGCAGUUGAAGCUGCUCCGACUGAGGCACAGGUUGAACUUUAUGAUGCUCUGGUCGAUGGUUGUAGAGAAGCAAUGAAAGCAGAAAGCUUUGAUCCAAAAGGUCCUUUGUUGGAUUUCUUUGGAGUCCCUGUAAAAGCAGAUGAGCUACUAAGUCGCGUUGAGGAGCUUCAACUGUUAGCAAAGCGCAUUAGCCGGUAUGAAGAUCCAAUCUCUCAAUUCCGAGCACUGGCUUAUCUCAAACCAGCCACGUGGUCCAAAGGUUGUGGCUGGAACCAGAAGGAUGAUGCAAGGCUGCUUUUGGGAAUCCAUUACCAUGGUUUUGGCAAUUGGGAGAAAAUAAGAUUAGAUGAGAAACUUGGUCUUUCAAAAAAGAUUGCACCGGUGGAACUUCAGCACCAUGAGACAUUCUUGCCACGUGCUCCUCAGUUGAAGGAACGAGGUUCACAAUUGUUGGAAAUGGAACUUGUGGCUGUUGGCGGCAAGGAUUCUAACAUCAAAAUGGGCCGUAAGGUUUCUAAGAAACAAAAAGGAGCUCUGUUAAAUGUUUCAGUAGCUCGUGGAAAAGGCAGACAGGGGAAAUCCGAUUCUCCUGGUCAGAACUUUCAGACAAAUAGGGCCAAAGCUACAAAACCUCAAAAAGUUGAGCCUUUAGUUAAAGAGGAAGGUGAGAUGUCUGAUAAUGAAGAAGUAUAUGAACAGUUCAAGGAAGUGAAAUGGAGGGAAUGGUGUGAAGAUGUCAUGGUUGAUGAGGAAAAAACUCUCAAACGUCUACAGAGGUUGCAGAGUACCAGUGCCGAUCUCCCCAAAGAAACGGUGCUUUCCAAAAUUCGGAAUUACUUACAGCUUCUUGGACGGAGAAUUGACCAAGUUGUCCUGGAAUAUGAGGAGGGACCAUAUAAAAAAGAGAGGAUGAGGACACGCUUAUGGAAUUAUGUCUCCAGCUUCUCAAAUUUGUCAGGCGAGAGGCUUCAUCAGAUAUAUUCGAAACUUAAACAGGAGCAACCGCUAACUGGAGUUGGGCCUUCACAUUUGAAUGGUUCUGUACCUGGGGAUCAGAUCUCCGCUCUAAUGGACAGAGGUAUUGAUACAGAAAAAUUUGAAGCUUGGAAACGACGGAGAAGAGCUGAAGCUGAUGCAUCCCAAGCUCAGCCUGUUCAGUCUCCUUAUCAAAGACUCUCGAGUAAUGGUACGCGUAUACCUGAUCCAAACGCUUCUGGGAUUCUUGGUGCAGCUCCGUCAGACAACAGACACUUCAGUAAUGGGAGGCCUUUCAGAACGCAUCAGGCUGGCUUCCCCCCAAGACAUGGUUUCUCGUCGGGUAUCAAGUAGGAUUUCAUGCAUGAUUGAGGAUCAAUGCAAAGUGGGCAGUUUUCUCCUAGCUGUUUGGCUUUUGGAUAUUUGCCGGAAACUGUCUGUCCGGGGGACCACAAAUUUUGCAGAUAGUUUUUUCCCGUGUUUUGAAAAUUUUGGACUGCUUUUUCAGAGGAAAAUUGUCCUCCUAAUCAGUGGCAAGGCAGAGAUAAUUUGAGGAUCCCUCAAGAUGUGUAGGACAGGACUUGGCCAAUCAAAUACAUGGAAUCUUUCUAGUUAUCUUUUCUUUUUGCUAAUUUUCUUUUCUUAUGAGUCCAGUGGCUCUAAUUUCAUUAGUACAUAGUGCAAUAGGCGAAAAAAGAUUCCCCAUGGUGAUUUGCUAUAAAACCAAUGGGAAUGACAUUUUGUAUGUAAACUGUACAUUAUGCAAUUUUGAUUAUUCAAUAUGAAUUUCUAUUUUACCA